GGGCCGGACCAAGCCGGCGGCGGGGCUCAGCGGGCACAGACCCCGCCUGCCCCCUCCGCACGACAGUGGGUCCCUUUCUUCUGCUAUGAUGCCAGGACAGAUUCCAGACCCUUCCGUGACGGCAGGUGCUCUUCCAGGCCUUGGCCCGUUGACAGGACUUCCUGGCACCGCCCUGACCGCGGAGGAGCUGAAGUUCGCCGACAUCCGAAACAUUGGAGCUGUGAUCUCGCCCUUGCAUUUCCUCGAGGUGAAGUUGGGCAAGAGGCCUCAGCCGGUGAAGAGUGAGCUAGACGAGGAAGAGGAGCGGAGGAAAAGGCGCCGGGAGAAGAACAAAGUAGCAGCAGCGCGAUGCCGGAACAAAAAGAAAGAGAGAACGGAGUUUCUGCAGAGGGAGUCUGAGCGGCUGGAGCUCAUGAACGCAGAGCUGAAGGCGCAGAUAGAGGAGCUGAAGCAGGAGAGGCAGCAGUUGAUUUUGAUGCUGAACCGACACCGCCCUACCUGCAUCGUGCGGACAGACAGCGUCAAGACCCCAGAGUCAGAAGCCAACCCGCUGCUCGAACAGCUAGAAAAGAAGUGAAUGUGGGCUUGAAGAUGGAGAAGAAGGGAGAAGGAGGGGGAGGAGAAGGAGGAGGAGAAAGUGGACAGAAGAGCCCCAAGGAGCUCCUGUUUAUGUAUGAAAAACUUUGCCCCAGUGCAAGAUGCAGCCAGAAUCCGAUGGGCUUCUUGGUGGAAUACCAAAGGAGUGGGAGGGAGGGCCACAUAGAAUUGAGAUCGGUGAUAUGCGGAGACCAAAGUAGACUGGGGAGAAAGAUGACCUGGCGCCUGGAUCGUGGUCAUGAGAGAGCAAGGAGAGGAGACUGGAGGGACGGGAGCUUCUCCUUCCACAGCCGUAACCACGCCUCCUGACUCGCCCACUGGCUCCCCUUCUACUGGGGAGGCAGGGGCGGUGAUGGGAGCGGACGGCUGCCCCGCCUCUCGCACCUAAAAAGUGUUGGACCGCUCCGUGACGGGCCCCAGCCGACCGCCACGCUCCUCACCCCUCGGCCUCCAUCAGGAGGGGAGAGGGAGCUACGGAGGACCUGCCUCCCCACCCCUCCACCCCAACCUCGGCCCCCUUUCCUUUCCAUAUUUGGCUCUCUGGAUCCUGCCACUGUCCUUACGGGGUCCCCGGGAAAACCCCCUCCGUACCAGACCUCGCUCCCUGCUGGAGUUUGCUGUGGGCACUGAGGCGCGGGCGCCCUUCCGAAGCACAUACUCACUAAUGUUUACAGCCUGGCUGUCCCGGCAGUGCUUGAACUGCACAUUUUUACACUUUUUUAAAUAUUUUUUACAAAAAAAAAAGUUUUAUACAGCAAUAUAUAUAUGGAUUUCUAUAAUCACUCGACGUGAUAUGGUAUAAAUAUGUUAUGGUUUGUUUGUUACGAACGAAUAUCCCCCAGUUAUUGUGUGUAACUCGUUCAGUACUGUAGUCCCUGGGUGCCCUGGGGCUGGUGCCCAUGGAGGGGGCGCCUGACGCGGUGAGCCCGAAGGGGUUGACGCCCAUUUCCAUCCGUGUAAGCCCAUCAUAGUACUCAGUCCUGUAUCGCUCAGUAAACGUUAUUCUUACUUA